UAUAGGUUAACUGUGGUUUGAAGACGCUGUUUAUUAUGCCUAAUGCCAGGAUUGUUGGGGAGAUACCAUCACAUAGUAGCCGACAAGAUUCUCUUUAGUCACUGUAUGGAUAACAUUUACCUGUCAAAGGCAGUAUUCCUAUCCUGGAUGCUUUUGUGCAUAAUUUGGAUCUCUUGAUAUCAAUUUCAAGACAUCGCUUGGACUUUGCUAUUGUGUAACAAUGUCUGUCCGUUUUCACCAUAUCGAGUCCACUGGUCUAAUUUCCAAUUAAAACAUUUGGCGGCAACACGUUUGGACUUCAAAGUGAGACCGCGGACGAGCGUUUCGUUGGACGUUCUGCAACAAUUUGUUGCAACAUUCAGGGCAAAGUGAUGGUGUCGUUAUCACUUCGGUUUGCCAUGGCAACAUAAUCCUUUAAAAAAAAUAAUUCAGCCGAGUUCUCUUUUGGGUGAUAUUUCUCGUGGUGUUCAAUUAUGUUCACUUUCGCUGCCUUCUGCUAUAUGCUGUCGCUGGUCCUCUGUGCUUCUCUGAUCUUCUUUGCGAUAUGGCAUAUAACAGCCUUUGAUGAGCUGCAGGCAGACUUUAAGGUCCCCAUCGAUCAGGGCAAUCCACUCCAUGCGAGAGAGCGACUCCGGAACAUUGAGAGAAUCUGCUGCCUGCUGAGAAAGUUGGUGCUUCCAGAGUACUCUAUCCAUGGGCUGUUCUGUAUCAUGUUCCUGUGUGCCCAGGAGUGGCUGACAGUAGGCCUCAACAUCCCCCUCCUCUUCUACAACACAUGGAGGUACUUCCACAGCCCCACAGACACUAAGGAGCUCCUCUACGACCCAGCCUCGGUCAUGAAUGGGGACACGCUCAAGUUCUGCCAAAAAGAGGCCUGGUGCAAGAUGUCCUUCUUCGUCCUCUCCUUCUUCUACUAUCUCUACUGUAUGGUCUACUCCUUGGUAACCUCAUAACAGCAGAACUCUCUGUAUUUGAGCCAUCCUCCGGAUAUCAGAGACUGAUUUCUGGAAUAUGAGUUAGCUAGCGCAAACAACAACUUUGGAGCAAAAAAGAGCACUUUGUGUCACAGCUUUUCUGUUUCAUUAGAAGAAGGACAGUUGUUGAGUCUGGGCUGUGCUGGUCUGGUCUGGGGGGAAAGGAAGGGUUUCAGCACCAGUCCCAGUCGUCUCCUCAUGUAACGAGACCUUACAGUAUUGUUUACAGUGCUCUGUAGGUCAACAGCCCAUGAUGAGUCACAGCGACCACCAUAUCUACUUUUGUCUGUCACUCCCUGGCCAAUGUUUGUACUCACAGCCUGUCCUGGAGAAGUACAGUAGCACCACCACUACCAUAGUAGGACACAGUAGUGUUUUUGUUUUUGUUUUUAGGGGGUGGAUCCGCUUUAAUAUUGCAGAUAGAUUGUGGCUUUAAUCAAUGUAAUUGUCUGCGUCGUUGCCAAUAUCUCAUAUAUUUUUGGGGGAUAAUAUGUAUUUUUGGGGGUUAAUAUUUAUACAGUUCCAGUCAAACGCUGGGACACACCUACUCAUUCAAGGGUAUUUAUUUAUUUGUACAAUGUUCUACAUUGUAUCAUAAUAGUGAAGACAUCAAAACUAUGAAAUAACACAUAGAGUCAUGUAGUAAACAAAAAAGUGUUCAUCAAAAUAGCUACCCUUUGCCUUGAUGACAAAUUUGCACACUCUUGACAUUCUCUCAACCAGCUUCAUGAGGUAGUCAUCUGGAAUGUAUUUCAAUUAACAGGUGUGCCUUGUUAAAAUUUAAUUUGUGGAAUUUCUUUCCUUCUUAAUGCAUGUGAGACAAUCAAUUGUGCUGUGACAAGGUAAGGGUGGUAUACAGAAUAUAGCCCUAUUUGGUAAAAGACCAAGUCCAUAUUAUGGCAAGAACAGCUAAAAUAAGCAAAGAGAAAUGACAGUCCAUCAUUGCUAAGGUCAGUCAAUAUGGAAAAUUUCAAUAACUUUGAAAGUUUCUUGAAGUGCAGUCGCAAAAACCAUCAAGUGCUAUAAUGAAACUGGCUCUCGUGAGGACCGCCAGAGGAAAGGAAGAGUUACCUCUGCUGCAGAGGAUACGUUCAUUCGAGUUAACAGCCUCAGAUUGCAGCCCAAAUAAAUGCUUCAAAGAGUUCAAGUAACAGACACAUCUCAACAUCAACUGUUCAGAGCAGACUGCGUGAAUUUGGCCUUCAUGGUCGAAUUGCUGCAAAGAAACCACUACUAAAGGACACCAAUAACAAAAUAGACUUGCUUGGGCCAAGAAACAUGAGCAAUGGACAUUAGACCAGUGGAAAUCUGUCCUUUGGUCUGAUGAGCCCAAAUUUGAGAUUUUUGGUUCCAACCGCCGUGUCUUUGUGAAACGCAGAGUAGGUGAACGGAUGAUGUCCACAUGUGUGGUUCCCACCGUGAAGCAUGGAGGAGGUGUGAUGGUGUGUGGGUGCUUUGCUGAUGACACCUAGUAUCAGGUAAACAAAUAAACAUGAGUUGUUUAGAAUUCAAGGCACACUUAACCAGCAUGGCUACCAUAGCAUUCUGCAGCAAUACGCAAUCCCAUCUGGUUUGCACUUAGUGGGACUAUCAUUUGCUUUUCAACAGGACAAUGACCCAACACACCUUCAGGCUGUGUAAGGGCUAUUUGACCAAGAAGGAGAGUGAUUGAGUGCUGCAUCAGAUGACCUGGGUUCCACAAUCACCCCACCUCAACCCAAUUAAGAUGGUUUCGGAUGAGUUGGACCGCAGAGUGAAGGAAAAGCAACAGGUGCUCAGCAUAUGUGGGAACUUCUUCAAGAAAGCAUUCCAGGUGAAGCUGGUUGAGAGAAUGCCAAGAGUGUGCAAAGCUGUCAUCAAGGCAGGGUGGCUACUUUGAAGAAUCUAAAAUAGAAAAUAUAUUUUGAUUUGUUUAAAACUUUUAUGGUUAUUGCAUGAUUCCAUAUGUUUUAUUUCAUAGUUUUGAUGUCUUCACUAUUAUUCUACAGUGUAGAAAAUAGUAAAAAUAUUCAUUAGAUAGUACACUCAAAACACCAGUCUCAACGUCAAUAGUGAAGAAGCGACUCCAAGAUCCUGGCCUUCUAGGCAGAGUUGCAAAGAAAAAGCUAUAUCUCUGUCCAGUGUCUGUGUUCUUUUGCCCAUCUUAAUCUUUUAUUUUUAUUGGCCAGUCUGAGAUAUGGCUUUUUCUUUGCAGCAUCCCGGAGUCGUCUCUUCACUGUUGAUGUUGAGACUGGUGUUUUGCGGUUACUAUUUAAUGAAGCUGCCAGUUGAGGACUUGUGAGGUGUCUGUUUCUCAAACUAGACCCUCUAAUGUACCUCUUGCUCAGUUGUGCACCGGGGCCUCCUACUCCUCUUUCUAUUCUGGUUAGAGCCAGUUGGCACAGGUCUAUGAAGGGAGUAGUACACCGCGUUGUACAAGAGCUUCAGUUUCUUGGCAAUUUCUCACAUGGAAUAGCCUUCAUUUCUCAGAACAAGAAUAGACUGACGAGUUUCAGAAGAAAGUGUUUUGUUUCUGGACAGUUUGAGUCUGUAAUCGAACCCACAAAUGCUGACGCUCCAGAUACUCGACUCGUCUAAAGAAGGCCAGUUUUAUUGCUUCUUUAAUCAGGACAACAGUUUUUAGCUGUGCUAACAUAAUUGCAAAAGUGUUUUCAACUGAUCAAUUACCCUUUUAAAAUGAUAAACUUGGAGUAGCUAACACAACGUGCCAUUGGAACACAGGAGUGUUGGUUGCUGAUAAUGGGCCUCUGUACGCCUCUGUAGAUAUUCCAUAAAAAAAUAACAAUGUCUACACUGUAUUUCUGAUCAAUUCUGUUAUUUUAAUGUUAAAAAAAUGUGCUUUUCUUUCAAAAACAAAGACAUUUCAAAGUGACCCCAAACCUUUGAACGGUAAUGCAUGUAUUUUUUAUUUGUAUUCCUUUAUUAUUUUCCCCUAACCCUACCAUUCCUCCCCUAAUUGGAGUAAACUGAUGAACAACAACACUUAGGCUUUUACUUCCAGCUUCUACAUACUCAACCCCUCCCAUCUAUCUCUUUUAUUUUAUUUUUUUAUUUCACCUUUAUUUAACCAGGUAGGCUAGUUGAGAACAAGUUCUCAUUUGCAACUGCGACCUGGCCAAGAUAAAGCAUAGUAGUGUGAACAGACAACACAGAGUUGCACAUGGAGUAAACAAUUAACAAGUCAAUAACACAGUAGAAAAAAUGGGCAGUCUAUAUACAAUGUGUGCAAAAGGCAUGAGGAGGUAGGCGAAUAAUACAAUUUUGCAGAUUAACACUGGAGUGAUAAAUGAUCAGAUGGUCAUGUACAGGUGGAGAUAUUGGUGUGCAAAAGAGCAGAAAGGUAAAUAAAUAAAAAACAGUAUAAAAACAGUAUGGGAAUGAGGUAGGUGAAAAUGGUUGGGCUAUUUACCUAUAGACUAUGUACAGCUGCAGCGAUCGGUUAGCUGCUCGGAUAGCUGAUGUUUGAAGUUGGUGAGGGAGAUAAAAGUCUCCAACUUCAGCGAUUUUUGCAAUUCGUUCCAGUCACAGGCAGCAGAGUACUGGAACGAAAGGCGGCCAAAUGAGGUGUUGGCUUUAGGGAUGAUCAGUGAGAUACACCUGCUGGAGCGCGUGCUACGGAUGGGAGUUGCCAUUGUGACCAGUGAACUGAGAUAAGGCGGAGCUUUACCUAGCAUGGACUUGUAGAUGACCUGGAGCCAGUGGGUCUGGCGACGAAUAUGUAGUGAGGGCCAGCCGACUAGAGCAUACAAGUCGCAGUGGUGGGUGGUAUAAGGUGCUUUAGUGACAAAACGGAUGGCACUGUGAUAGACUGCAUCCAGUUUGCUGAGUAGAGUGUUGGAAGCCAUUUUGUAGAUGACAUCGCCGAAGUCGAGGAUCGGUAGGAUAUUCAGUUUUACUAGGGUAAGCUUGGCAGCGUGAGUGAAGGAGGCUUUGUUGCGGAAUAGAAAGCCGACUCUUGAUUUGAUUUUCGAUUGGAGAUCGAGAUUGAUGUGAGUCUGGAAGGAGAGUUUGCAGUCUAGCCAGACACCUAGGUACUUAUAGAUGUCCACAUAUUCAAGGUCGGAACCAUCCAGGGUGGUGAUGCUAGUCGGGCAUGCGGGUGCAGGCAGCGAUCGGUUGAAAAGCAUGCAUUUGGUUUUACUCGCGUUUAAGAGCAGUUGGAGGCCACGGAAGGAGUGCUGUAUGGCAUUGAAGCUCAUUUGGAUUCUCUGAAGAGAAUCCAGUUUUGAUUUCUAUUUGCCAUGUAUUUUUCAACUGUGCAAUUAUGUUUCACAAAAGUCCUGAACCUGUACAAUUUUUUACAGACACAGUAUAUUUUACAUGAUUUUGCACAGUUUGUCUCAGACACAGCACAGUUGUACACAGCACAGUUGUGGUUGUCAGUGGGACAAACAUGUCUUCUUCUUCAACCAUCUGCCCUUAGAGUCUCACUGACAGUAGCUUUUUCUUUACUGUUGGGAAGGGGAGAUGACACAUCCUGCACAGAGACAAGGUGAACAUCCUGUACAGGGACAAGGUGAACAUCCUGUAUAGGGACAAGGUGAACAUCCUGUACAGGGACAAGGUGAACAUCCUGUACAGGGACAAGGUGAACAUCCUGUAUAGGGACAAGGUGAACAUCCUGUACAGGGACAAGGUGAACAUCCUGUAUAGGGAC